CGGGGUUGGCGCGCAGUGGUUGACAGGUCCGCUGUCCAGCAGAGGCUAAAAAAUAUGGGCUUAAUUCGGUCGCGAAGCACAGGGUCCAUCAGCUUAGAAAUGGCCUUGGCUGGGGGAGGGGGGGGAAUUAUGGGAGGAGUUGGAGGAGGGGGCAUUAGUGCAGGAGGGGGAAUAGCGAGGGGAGGAGGCGGAAUUCUGACGGGAACAGGCUUAGGCGGGCUGGCGGGAGUGGGGUUAGGCGGUAGGCAGUCGCUUGGAGGACUUCAUUCGGGUGGCAUGGCGAUCCUCCCUGUGUCGAUCGAAAGCGGUCCCAAAAGCGCGCCGAGCUGGCGCGUAGGCGAAGGGUUUGCCAAGCUCUUGUCUGUCAUUGCGUCCUGCGAUUCGGUCUGGCGACGUGGCAUUACCGCGGCGCUUAUUGCUGUCCUAUUCUUGGCUGUCGGAUUGGUCUGGAAUUGGGAGAGGGUGCAGCAGCAGGCGGAUUACGCCGUUGUGAUUGACUGCGGAAGUACUGGGUCCAUGCUAAUCUUCUCUGUAUCGUUCCAAUUUUAACAGAUGUCCCGAAGGACCUUUGGUCCUUUCUCGAACUUCGGUCCUUUGGUCUUUUUUUAAGAGUUUGUCAACAGUAAAUGGGUGUCACAUUC